CAUACUCCCCGUGUCUCACUCAGCACGCGGACGCCUCCAUGGAGGGCUCGUUCAGCAGUCCUCUGCUCUACUACUCCCAAAGCCACAUUUCAACAUGACUUGAGAAGCUGAGCCCGGCUCUUCCAGCCAGAAACUGUUUUUGCUAAACAGCCCUCGCAGCAUCCCAGCGGUACCACUUUCCAACUUUAAAACAACAUUCCCCCCCUUGCUCCUUUGAAGCCCCUCCCCUUUAGUUUUUUUUUCAUCCAUUCCAGGGAGAUACGUCAGUCCCGGGAAUUAAACGAGGUUGCUAGUUUUUUUUUUGUUUACUUCGGGGCUCCGCAUGGAUGUGACAGCGGCAGAGAGGAUGACUCUGUCGGGUAUCCGACUCCGGAAUCGGCCGACGCAAGUGAUGCCGAACCAGCGGAAGGUGAAAGCCAGACGGAAAAGACGAAAGGAGUUGGUUUUAAUCCAAAUAUGCUUGUUCGGCGGCUUGCUUCUGGUCGUGAAGGGGUUUUCCUACUUAGCGGAAAAUUCAGGUUUCCAUGUGUCCGGCCACGGCAGCGACGGGCAGGAGAGAUGGACAGGGAGGAGGCUACUGCAGGAAAUGGACAACAGCAGCCUAGAGGACAUGGAGAGUGAAGAAUCUAAGAACUGCACGGCUCCAGCUCUGCACGAGUUCCCUACAGACCUGUUCACACACAAGGAGAGAACAGAAGGAGCUGUGGCGCUGCAUGUCCUUUGUACCAUUUACAUGUUCUGUGCCCUGGCCCUCGUCUGUGAUGACUACUUCGUCCCCUCCCUGGAGAAGUUGUGUGAGCGUCUCCAACUCAGUGAGGACGUAGCAGGGGCAACCUUCAUGGCCGCUGGCAGCUCGGCUCCCGAGCUCUUCACAUCCAUCAUAGGGGUGUUCAUCACCAAAGGUGACGUGGGUGUAGGGACCAUCGUGGGAUCAGCUGUCUUCAACAUCCUCUGCAUCAUCGGUGUGUGUGGCUUCUUCGCCGGCCAGGCAGUGAAGCUCUCUCACUGGGCUCUACUCCGAGAUUCAAUUUAUUACACGUUUUCCAUCACGGCCCUCAUUGUGAUCAUCUACGAUGAGAAGGUGAGCUGGUGGGAGUCUCUUAUCCUGAUUCUCAUGUAUGCGGUCUACAUCCUCAUCAUGAAGUUUAAUGGCAGGGCACAUCGCUACUUUGACCGUCGAAAGAAGAGCUCUGUGAAUCUGUCCAACGGGCUAACAGGAAGCACUGAUCUGGAGGAUAAUAUCACUUGUGAUGCUACUGCAGUCCUGCUCAAGAAAGCUAACUUCCACUGUAAGCCGUCGGUGCUGAUGGUGGACGAGCUGCUGUCUGCGUACCCCCACCAGCUGUCUUUCUCCGAGGCUGGCAUGAGGAUCAUGAUCACCAGCCACUUCUCCCCCAGAACCCGCCUCACCAUGGCCUCGCGCAUGCUUAUCAAUGAGAGACAGAGACUGAUCAACACCACGGAGACCCGAGUCAACCGCAUCACUAACGGCGACUCUGACUCGGCGGCCAGGGCUCAGGGGAGGCGGGGCUUAGAGAAUGGGAUGGGCGGAGCUGAGCAGGGUCUGAACGGGAGGAGUCGACUUCAGCUGCUGGAGUCUGGGAACGAGACGGAGAACGAAAACGAGGACAAUGAAAACAAUGAGAAUGACGAGGAAGGAGAGGUAGAAGACAACAGCAGUGGCCCCCUGGUGCCUUUCAAAGUGCCAGCUGGAGCGUGUAACAAGCUGAAGUGGCUUGUAAUGUGGCCGCUGUCUCUGCUUCUGUUCCUCACCGUGCCCAAUUGUGCCAAGCGGCGCUGGGAGAGGUGGUUCAUGGUCUCCUUCUUCACCGCCACCAUGUGGAUCGCCGGCCUCUCCUACAUCAUGGUCUGGAUGGUGACUGUGAUCGGCUUCACUUUGGGCAUUCCAGACGUUAUCAUGGGCAUCACCUUCCUAGCAGCAGGCACCAGUGUCCCAGACUGCAUGGCUAGUGUUAUAGUCGCACGGCAAGGUCUGGGAGACAUGGCCAUCUCCAACUCCAUAGGCAGUAAUGUGUUUGACAUCCUGGUGGGCCUGGGCCUGCCCUGGACCCUGCAGACACUUUGCAUCGACUACGGCUCCAACAUCUAUCUUAACAGCAGAGGACUCAUAUUCUCUGUUGGACUCCUGCUAGCCUCAGUAUUCGUCACAGUUCUCGGUGUCCAUUUGAACAAAUGGACUCUGGACAGGCGACUGGGCUUGGCCUGCCUCGUCCUGUACGCCAUCUUUCUAUGCUUCUCCAUCCUUAUCGAGUUCAACGUCUUCAUCUUCGUCAACCUCCCUAUGUGCCGAGACAUCCACUGACCUCCCUCCUCCUCUUCUUCUCCGUCUUCUUCUUCUUCCUCUGGUUGAAGGAAGAAAACCCUCUCCCGGCUUCCAGUUUCUCGGCGCCUUUUCAAAUAGAAAAUAGAGCACUAUAUGAGUUAUCUUUGGUGCAAUACACACAAGAAAGAAGAUACCGGAAUUUGUUUUUUUUUUGGUCGGGGGGGACCGGACAGGAGGCAUGAAAAAGAAAGUCCCAGCAGCAGAGAUUGCUGCCAAUCGUCGAAUGAACCGAAAGGUUGGCUAGAGUGAACUUAACUGUAUUUACACCAACAGUUAGGCUACUGUUGGUGAAGAAGCUGCUACUGUAACUGACUGAGAGAAGUCCUGCGCUAACAGAGAUUUUUAGCUGGAAUGUUUGUUACUCUUUGUACAAGUUUGGAUAUAAGCACACCAUUAAGGUACUUUUAGGUAAAAAA